AUGGAGAAACUAUUGAAGCCUACCCGUCUGGAUCUGGACCCCAGCUCCCCUUCUGCAGCAAAGGAAUGGCGGCAUUGGCACAAGACGUUUUCCAACUUUAUUCAAGAAUGUGGUGAAAUGGCUCCAAAUAAACUAAGGACACUCGUGAACUAUGUCAGUCCUAAUGUAUAUGAAUACAUUGAGGAGUGUGUGAAUUAUGAUACUGCCAUUUCCACUUCGGAAAAGUUAUACAGUAUUAAGGCACCUAAUGAAAUAUUCACCAGGCAUUUACUUGCUACUCGCCAACAAAAGGCAGGAGAAACUUUGGAUGAGCUUUUGAGAGAAUUGCUUAAAUUAGGCAAGGACUGUAAUUUAAAGGCAGUUAGUGCAGAACAGUACAGAGAAGAGCUGAUCAGGGAUGCUUUUAUAAAUGGCCUGGCCUCACCUAUGUUUCGGCAGCAUCUCCUUGAAAAUAAAACUCUAGACUUACAGGCAGCUUACAACCAGGCGUACUCUUUAGACCUUGCGCAACGUAAUGCUAGUUUUUACAGUCACAUGCUUCCUCAUGUUGGGCAUACUGCUGCUGUGGUUACCCCUGAUCAUGUUCUUAUUGCAGAUGAUCAUGUGAAGAGUGGACCAACGAAGGGGCAUGCAAAAGCGUGCCUGUCCAAACAAUCUGCAUAUGGAAGUAAAUCUACAGCAGCUACAGUAUUUGAUCCCUCACAGUCAUCUGUUCUUGCGGCUAAUGCUGGGACCACUUUUCCUCAGAGCCUCUAUCGGGCAGCUACCACAACAACAAUCAAUGGACGGAAGUUGACAGCCCUUGUCGACUCGUGCAGUGAUGACAGUUAUAUAGAUGCAGAUGUAGCAUGGGAAUUGAAGCUGCCAAUACAUCCCACCGAUAAAGACGUCGCUUUAGCACAGAAAUCUUUGCAUACAAACUCUUCAGGUUAUGUCAAUGUGGACUUGACUCUUCAUCUUAAUGGAGAAACUUAUCCAUCCACACGUCUAGCAGUAAUGAAGGAUUUAUGUUCGGGAGUAUUACUUGGUCAGGACUUCCAAGAACAGCAUCAGAAAGUAACUAUUGAAUAUGGUGGACCGAAACCUGUGCUCAACUUAUCUGGUGCUAACUCCUACUGUUCGUUGGCAGCCGCUGCUGUGGAUGAGCCUUCUAUCUUCCAGCAUUUGUUACCUAAUUGUAAGCCUAUUGUCACCAAAUCAAGACACUACUGUAAAGAUGACAAAGAAUUCAUCGAAGCGGAGACUAGUCGUCUCUUAGCCGAGGGUGUUAUUGAGGAUAGCAUAUCACCGUGGAGAGCUCAAGUUGUGGUGGUUAAGGAUCCCUUAAAUCGACAUAAGAAAAGGAUGUGUGUUGAUUAUUUGCAAACUAUCAACCUGUAUACAGAACUGGAUGCUUAUCCAUUACCUUGGAUUGACACCAUGGUUAAUGAACUCUCAACAUAUAGAGUAUUUUCGACUUUUGACUUGAAAAGCGCUUACCACCAAAUCCCACUAAAGGAAUCGGACAAGAAGUAUACAGCUUUUGAAGCCAACAGACGCCUGUACCAGUUCUGUAGAGUACCUUUUGGAGUUACCAAUGAAGUAGCAGUCUUUCAACGAACUAUGGAUAAGUUGGUGAAAGAAGAAAACUUACAAGGUGCUUUCCCAUAUUUGGACAAUAUCACUAUUGCUGGACACACUCAAGAACAACAUGAUCAGAAUGUGCAGCACUUUCUUGAGGUCAUCAACAAGAGGAACCUAACUCUCAAUGCUACUAAAACUAUUAAACCUAUUAAAUCUGUGUGUACCAUUAACCCUUUAACACUGAUUGGACAUAUUAAACAUCGACUAAAAUUGUCUGUCAUAUGCUGA